AUGGCGUCCAACAGUAUAUGUAGCCGCUGUCUGUGGCAGGCAUUGCGAUCAGCUCGUCAGCCAUCACAUACGUCCAAUACAUCCUUCCGGGCCUUGACCACUACCACGAAUACCAACACCACACCCCCCAAAGCGUCAUCGCAGCGACGUCUCCAUCAAGCAAGUCCUCGACAUUCUGCAGCUACUGAGACUCAACGACCGAAUGACUCUCUUCCGCCAUAUACCGAGGUCAGGGGACGACAGACAGAUGCGGAUAGUGCCAAGGAAAGACAACAACACCGAGUCCUCCUCCAACCAAACAACCUCUUCCACUCCUACACCCGCUCUCCAGCCCCCGAAAUAAGAAGACGAUCAUCUUUCAUGCGCCAGAAUGCAUAUUGCCCACACCCGGACCACCAACCAACACGUGCACCCAUAAAUCCGGACGACCUAGAAGCGCAAAAGACUGGAGCCGUACCACCAAGACAUGUCAGCCACGAAUGUCCCGACUGCGGCAUCCCAGUUGCCUGUUCCGAAGAUCAUUUCGUGGACACCUACGAGUCCCACCUCGAGAUCUGCGAUGUACUACGCCAGAUCAACGAGGAUGAUCAUGAUCUUUUGAGUGGGAGGUUCUUUCCCGAGUUUGAGUAUCCGGGCCCGCAGAUUGAUGAGGCGCAGGUGAAUUUGAUUAAUUGGGAUACUUUGCUUUAUAGCAGAGAGUUCAAUGCCGUCAAUGAGGCGAGGCCGAUGAGGCAGGUCACGAGGUUACUCACCUACCCUAUCACGGUGGGGAGUGUGUUGCAUGAAUUAAGUCCUUAUAACUUGAAAGACCGUCUUACGCCUGAAGGAUUGAGAUCACUAAGCGCUCUACGCUACACCCUCCACCCACCCCGCACAGGCGGAGGCAUCGACAUCAAAGGUCUCCGGCCCAACCCCCCGCCCAUCCGCCUCUUCAUCCUCGGCGCUCGAGCCGAAUCCUCUCUCCCGCGCGAAGUCUGGCUGCAACUCGUCCACCUCUUCCCUCGCUCCACUUUCCACCUCAUCUUCAUCGGACCCGAGAGCAUGAGUAAUCGCGAACAUGAAUUCCCGCUCCCCAAGCGCGAGGGUUCGAACCCAUGGGGUGCGAUUGUGGAGGAUCGAUUGGGUGGGCAGAUGAAGAUUUCGACUUAUGUGGAGUACUUUCACACUUUACAUGAGGCACAGGCUUUUGCGCCGUAUGACCCGUAUUUCGACGCUUUCGUACUGUUUCAUCCGGGUUUGGGGCAUCCGGCUAGUAGUCAUGAGUGGGCGUCUACGUUGCCGCAGCUAUUGCAGACCAAGGUUCCGGUCAUCUGUACGGGGUAUACCGAUUUCGAUAUGCAGCGCGAUAUUGCUUGGGUCAAGGAGCAGGCAAGGGGGGAAGCGGACUUGUUGCUCGAGCCGGGCGAGAAUCGAUUUAGGAGUUUGAGGUGGGAUUUGAAUGAUUUGGAUCCCGGGGAUGUUAGUUGUGGGAAUUGGGGAGUGUGGGCUUUUAGGGGGAAGAGGUAUGAGGCUGAUGAGUAUCGAGGGAAGGCUGAAGGGGAGCAGAAGGGUGGUGCGGGUUGGGAUCGGUGA